AUGCAUUUCAGUGGCGUGAAGAUUGAUAGCUUCUUCCGCAGGAAAGUCUCCUGGGCAGACGAAACAGGGAACUUCUACCAGUUUGUAGCUCUGAUGACAAUGAUGGAAGAUCUCCUCUCACAGGGUGCCCAGGGAGCCUCCGCUGCCGCGCUUUCGCUGCUGGCCGAGGCCUUCAGGAACGACCCCCUUGUGGAGGUGGCAUGGGCUGCCAAGGCGUAUCAGAGCGCCCAGGUCUACUUCAACCUCAUCUCCUCCAUUGACCCGGAGUUCCUGAAACUCACCAAAGUGGAUGACCAGUUCUACUCUGAGUUCUGGAAGGACUUCCCUGACCUCCAGAUUGGUGUGCUGGACCCGGAGGAUCUGAAAUCUGGACCUGCCAAAAAGAAAUGGCACCCAUUCUGCCUGUGGGUUGAUGAGGUGGUCGAGGACUUUAACUACAUUCUGUGGAUGGAUUGCAGGAAAGGGUGUACAGAGGAGAACACGAUAUUUGCCACCAGGAUCCAAUUCUUUUCUAUUGAAAUAGCCUGCAACCGAGAAGGCUACAACCAUCUUCUCUAUGACAGGGCCAGGGAAGCCUGCUUGGGCACACAAGUGAACAGCUCUGGGUAA